AUGUUUAGUGCUUCGCGCACUGAAAAAUUUUUUGGGGGGUUGUAUAAGAAAUUUUUUUUACCGUGCGAGCCAAAACACGAACAAAAUUUUAAUUUGCGCUGGAAGGAACCGAUACAAUUUUAUUUUUGGGGUAGGGGGAGGACACAGUGUGCAUUUUUCCAUAGACCAGCCAGACAUUUGCUCCAAAACGACCUGACGAGUCAAUUCGGAUUUGUUAAGUUUGAUGAAAAUCCAAUCGAUGAAGAUACAAGAUUAUCAGAGUAUAUUCGGUUGGCACUUCAAACAGACAAAGAUGAUGUUGUACGAUUUAUGAGAAAUGGCUGGAAUUUAAAUGUGCCCGACUUAAUCAUUACUGUGACAGGAGGUGCAAAAAAAUUGAAAAUGUCAGCAAGAUUAAGAAAAACGUUUCAACAAGGUUUAGUCUCCGCAGCUGUCACAACAAAUGCUUGGAUUAUAACAGCCGGAACGAAUGCUGGUGUUGUAAAAGAGGUUGGCGAAGCACUGAAUAACUAUCGAUAUAAAAAUAGAAAACAGGGUUUAAAUGUACCGUGUAUUGGGAUAUGUAGUUGGGGUUAUACGGCUGGAAAAGAGCAGUUAGAUAUCACAUUACAACAUAAUGGUUCAUCAGUCAAACAUCCAGUUGACAAAGUUCUUAUGGUAUAUGAUAUAGGUGAUAACUACGGUGUCAAGUCCUAUCUGUGCAAAAACAAAGAAAAAGGGAUAUGCGAUAUCGAACCAAAUCAUACACAUUUUCUUUUAUUUGAUGAUGGUACUGCGAAUGCAGAUAAUGUACUGAAUCUCCGAGCUGAUAUCGAAACACAAUCGCGACAUAUAGAAAUUGGAAAUGAGAAAACAAAAGAUAUUCACCCAUCAUCAGAAGACUUCGGAAUCGUACCGAUCGUAAUGGUGCUAGUCGAAGGAGGACCAUCAUCAAUCAAAACUGUAUGCAAAGCACUUGAAAGUGGAACACCGCUUGUGGUGAUAAAAGAAUCUGGACGAGCAGCAGAUCUUGUAGCCGAUUUACAUGCCAUUUUAACGGAUAAUAAUACUUUAGAUGGCGAACGUCCAAAAACUUCCGCAGGAAAAGGCAUUAACAAAAAUGAUGAAAUGAACCAAAUACUGGCUAAGGCUACUGUUGAUAUUAAAGGGAUCGAAGAAGUUAAGGACGAUCUAUGUCGAAUUUUACGUGAAAAAAGAAUGUUGGUAACAAUUUUUAAAUUCGAUAGUAAGAAACAUAAUGGUAAUUUAGAAGAUGCUAUAUUGGAAGCCUUAUUUAACGCUGCAAAAUUUUCUGGUAAUAAUGAUGAACAACAUCAACGAGUUGCUGAAUUCAAAUUAACCAUGGCAUGGCAAAAGUUUAUUUAUGCUAAACAAAACAUUCUAACUGAUACAACAAUUUCAAAGUGGAAGGAGGAGGAUCUUCAUAAUGUAUUGAUGGACGCUUUGAGAAGAGGUCAUGUUAAUUUUGUCGAAUUACUAUGUGAAUUUGGUGCAUCAUUAGAACGAAUAACAGUGAAGAAUUUAGAUCAGUUAUAUGCAUUAGUCACCAACAAGAGUCUAGAUAGUUUACCCCUCAAAGGAAUAAACAGUAAAAAGAAACUAAAAAACGGACAAGGUGAAAAAAUAACUAAAGAAAGUUAUUAUCUACGAUACUUGAAAAAUCUUACUAUCCCAAAAGUUGAUCAAGAGCAACAACUUGGUCAAAAUGCUCCACGAGAUUUAUUUUUAUGGGCAGUGUUUAGUAAUCGUUUUGAAUUAGCUAAAUAUUUAUGUUCAAAAACAUGGAAUCAAUCGAUUGCUCCUUUAGUUGGUGCAAAAAUAUAUCGUGUAGCAGCGAAAACAACAUUAGAUUCCCAAGAACAAACAACAUAUGAAGAUUAUGCCAAACAAUUCGAUACAUAUAGCAAGGCUCUUAUUGAUAAAUGUUUUGAUAAUGAUGAAAAUUUUGCUGUUGAUAUUGUUAAACGAAAGGCAGUGGCUCUCUUCAAUUAUGAUCCGCGAAGAUUAGCGAAAGAUGCUGGUUGUCGAUCAUUUCUUGCAUCAAGAUGUGUACAAAGAUAUUUAGAUAAUAAAUGGUAUGGUAACAUUAAUUAUAAACGUCGAUGGAUCACUUUUAGAAUCUUUCUAGUCGCCCUUUUUCUUCCUUUACUUCCAUUUUUCUCUGUAUUUUUACCAUAUGUUCAAAAACAUAAAAAAAUAUUAAAAGAUCCAAAACAGCGACCAAAUACUGUUCGAACAGUUACAAAAUCAGAUCGUCAAUCUCAAUAUGAUACACGAUUGUUAGACAAAAUUAUAUAUUUUUAUCAAGCACCUGUUGUUCGUUUUCAAUAUUAUUUGAUAUUUUUCGUUGUAUUUUUGAUUUUAUUCAGUUAUGUAUUAUUAGUUGAUUAUUUUCCAUUGAAUAUUUAUCAUGAAAAACGUUCAGGAAUAAAAGAUUUACAGAUACCAGUAACAGAAAUAUUUUUACAUAUUUGUAUAUGGAGUCUAAUAUUAGAAGAAAUACGACAAUUUGUACUUAUGGACAAAUAUUCAGACUAUUUUGAAGAAAUAUGGAAUAUUAUGGAUUUAGUUGCAUAUGUACUUUAUCUUGUGGGUUUCAUUACACGUUUCUUUGUUACUGAAUCUCUAUUUACAAUUUCAAAAAUAUUUUUAUGUUUGGAUUUAAUUAUAUGGUUUGUACGUACAUUGCAUGUAUUCGCUGCCUACGAAAAAUUAGGUCCAAAAUUGGUCAUGAUAUUUAAUACGAUGAAAGAUUUGUUAUUUUUCGUUUGUUUUAUUCUAAUAUUUCUAUUUGGAUUUUCUAUUACAUCAUGGUCACUCAUAACAACAACAUCUCAAGUUAAUUGGACGUAUACGGAUGAUGGAAACUUAUAUAAUGUUACCGUUCUCAAUAGUGGUAGUGGAUUAUGGACAUGGCAAUAUUUACGUGAUGUAACAAAUUAUGGCAUAUGGAAAGUAUUUGGUCAAAUUGAUCCCAUCGUGGAUAAUAAUUCUUACAGUGAUGUUGCAUGGGUAUUGGCAAUUAUUUUUGUUGCUGUAUCAAAUGUUCUAUUGUUAAAUGUUUUAGUUGCAUUGUUCAAUGUAACAAUUCAACAAGUUCAAGGUCCGUCAGUUAGUGAUAAAUCAGAUUUGGAAGGUGUAGAAUGUCAAUCAGUAAAUAUUCAACCAAAAAUAACUGAUUCCAUGCAACGUGAAAGUGCCAUAGCUGAAGAUUACUGGCGUUAUACGUUGCGACAUGAGACGAAAAAUCAAACAGAAAUAGCAUUAGAAAAUUUAGAACAAAAAUUAGAAGAACUUAAAAAUCGAAUUCAGCAAGCAGGAUCGGGAUAUGAAUAG